AUGCCUCCAUCUUCUGGAGCCAGGUUCUUCUGUACUCGUCCCCAUGGGUCUAUGGCUGCCCUCAUCGCUGUUGAUGACCUACCCCACGGUGUCACAAUUGAUGGUCUUCCCCGCGUCCUCACCCCCGGUGAGACUCAGGGCAUGACCAGCUGUGGUCUAGCCGAAACUCGUCCAGAGCCCUGGACCAUCGAUGGCGUAGCACACGUUUACCCUCGCAACCUCGACAACAAUCUUGUCGCGGAGAUGCACCAAACCCUGGUCUCUCUCUUACGUGAUCCUGCCAUCCCAGCGCGGGUUCAGGCUUCUGUCCAGAAUCUCAUUAAUCGAACUGUUGAUUCGAUGCCUGGCAACACCAAUGAGAUAGUUGGCAUGACUGAUAUGUCGUACAUGCAAGCCAACACCAACAGGCCUGCCGCUGGUCAAAAUGCCCGAGGUAACGGCCGUGCCAACAAUAACAACCACCAGCAGCAGCAGCGUGGUAAGAAGGAGUACUGUUCUUACUGGCUCCGUCAUGGCGAGUGUGACUACUCCCAACAGGGCUGUAUGUACAAACACGAAAUGCCAUUGACUCUGGAGGGCAUCACGUACGUUGGACUUCGUGAUAUCCCACGUUGGUACCGUGAUCAGCAUGGCGUUGCAAGCCUUGCUCAGGGUCACCGAGGCGCACCGCUCCAAAUUGAGGCGACAAAUUCCCAGCGUGCAAUCGCCCAGCAUGCACAAGGCACGGAUGGGGGUCUUGAUGGAAACCCUCAGGAUUCCCAGCAGGCAAUUGCCGCCAACAGUCACCCUUCUACCUCUAACGGUCGACAGGAGCUUGUCAAAACUCCUCCUCGUGGCCCAGCGAAGACCGGUGGCAACAACUCGGCCCCAAACACCGUCCGCAGUGGAAAUCGAAACGCCCCAAACUAUCAAGGCAAUAACGGAUGGAAAGGACGUGGCAUUGGUAACCGGAACCGCGUCGCCAACUCGUCACCUCGUGGUCGAGGCUCCGGGGUCUUGUCUGGACAGGUCCCGUCUCACACGCCCACUUUCGGCUUCGGCCAGUUUGGAGGACUUAUGUCCCCCGAACCUAGCCCACCUGAUUUCAAUGGUGGCAACCACCCCGAGACCUUUCCAGUAGGCCGUGGCGUGCCCGUCUUUGAUCGUCCCACCUCGCUCGGCCGCGGUGAGAAUCGCAGCCACCCCUUGGCCUUAUCGAGCUUGCCGGCGACUCAAGCUGGCCGAGAAUCUGCUGUCAGCAUUCAUGAGAACGUUGGUCCGAACGCCAACCGCUCUGGCAUCGCGGAAUUCCAUGGUCACGCUUCCAACCCAUCUACCGAUGGAGGCGUUAAGCUGCCUGAGGAAGACAGUGAAACCUUCACUCCAGGCUCCUCCAACCGGAGCAUCACGUCCAGCCGAACAUGGAACCACCUUCAGUACGCCCACAGCAACAGUGGUGGUUUCACGCCCAGCAACCGUGGUGGCUUCACACCCAGCAACAGUGGUGGCUUCACGCCCAGCAACAGUGGAUUUACUCGCGGGGCUAACAUUCCUUCCCUGGCUGAUCUGAUUUCCCAUGACAGCGCUCCCCCUCUCCGCGCUCGUGACACUCGCGGUGCUUGGGGACCCGUCGGUGGACCCGUUCCCAACGAUGGACCAAAGGAGACCACUGUGGAUGAUGAGCAAUCUGCUCUGCUCGGUUCGCAUGCUGCCAUGUUUGGACCAUACAUCACCGGCCAUCACGCCGCCAAGAUGUAG